AUGGAAAGAGUCAACCAAACCAACAGUGUCUCUGAGUUCAUCCUCCUGGGACUGUCCUCUAGACCUCAGGACCAGAAGCCACUCUUUGUACUCUUUCUCAUCAUGUACCUCAUCACCAUAACCGGGAACCUGCUCAUCAUUCUGGCCAUCAGCUCUGACCCCCAGCUCCAGACCCCCAUGUAUUUUUUCUUGAAGUCCCUGUCUUUUACUGACAUUUGUUUUACAACCACUAUUGUGCCCAAGAUGCUAGUGAAUUUUUUGUCUAAGAAGAAAACCAUCUCCUAUGCUGGGUGCCUGACACAGAUGUAUUUCUUCUAUGCUUUUGGCAACAUCGACAGUUUCAUCUUGGUAGCCAUGGCCAUUGAUCGCUAUGUGGCCAUUUGUGACCCCUUCCACUAUGUCACCAUCAUGAGCCAGCACCGCUGUGUCUUGCUACUGGCCUUUUUCUGUUCCAUUUCUUACAUCCAUUCCCUCCUUCACAUUCUCCUGCUAAAUCGUCUCACCUUCUGUGACUCCAACAUCAUUCACCAUUUUCUCUGUGAUAUCAAUCCUUUGUUAAAAUUGUCCUGCACCUCCACGUAUGUCAAUGAGAUUUUGAUAAAGACAGAAGGGCUUGUUAUUUUGGUAAGUCCCUUUUUAUGUAUUUCUUUUUCUUACCUACAAAUCCUCUUCACGAUUAUCAAAAUUCCCUCAGCUGUAGGGAAGCGCAAAGCAUUCUCCACCUGUGGUUCUCACCUCAUUGUGGUAACCCUUUUUUAUGGAAGCAUCUUCUAUGUCUAUUUACAACCCCAGUCCAGCUACACUGCCAAGAAUCGCGUGGCAACUAUUGUUUAUACUGUUUUAUCCUCUAUGCUAAAUCCUUUUAUCUACAGCCUAAGAAACCAAGAUCUGAAACGGGGCCUGAAGAAAUUGAUGGCCAGGAGAAAACCCUAG